UGAUCAACAGGAAGUCAACGCCACAUUUCACUUUUUACUAAGAACCGAGAAGCAGAAAAGAGAAAGAAGAAGAAUGGAUGAAAUCAAACGGAUUAAAAUGUCUUUACAUCUGCUACUGGUGCUGAUUCAGUUUACAGUGCUCGCUGUCCAAUAUUCCUACAUCAUCGUCAGAGCUGGAGCUGAAGUCACUUUGCCUUGUGACAAUGUGAGAGAUGAUCAUGUGAACUGUGGAGCUACUACCUGGUUCUUCACUGAUUCAGAGAGGAAUGGAACAGUAAAACUGUUUAUAAACAGGCAGCUCGACACAUCUGAGAUUUCCAAAUCUAAAGCAGACAGACUACGUCUUGCUGCAAACUGUUCUCUGGUUAUUAGGGAGGUCACAGCUGAAGAUGCUGGUCUAUACACCUGCAGACAGUUUGACCUGACAACACAAACAUAUGAAGAUCAUGUGGUUUAUCUCUCUGUUGUCAACGUGACUGAGCAGAAGAGAACUGAUGAGGUGACGUUGAGCUGCUCUGUGUCGGCAUAUAGAAGGUGUGAACUCACAGUGAAGUGGCUGUAUAUGAAUAUAGAUGUGGACAAAGACAACACUGAACUGAAGACAUCACAGUCUUCCUGCUCGGCCACUGUGAGCUUCUCAAAAUCCCAUUCUGUUCACAAGAUGAAGAACUAUAGCUCAUUAACAUGUAAAGUGAAGGAUGGUGACAAAGAGGAAAAGUUUGCCUUCAUUCCUCCGUCAUCAGAAGGAAAGAACAAACCAGCUCCAGGAAACAAUGAGAUGACAACAGCUUGGUGGUGGUACAUCGCUCUGGCUGUGGGUUUUGCCACAAUCGUAAUAAUGGUUGUGAUUCUCAUCAGAUGGAGAAGAAACAAAGACACACAAAUAAACGCAGAUGAAAACAUAACCUUCUCGGCGGAGGAAACGAAAGGUUUUGAUGAACCUGAUUCUUCCCUCUGCGAGGCUAACUCUUCUGUUCCUGUCGACUCAGGGAACAAAACACAGACGGAUAAAAACACGGUUGACCCUGCAGAUGAUGUGGCCUACGCCUCCAUCAGCCACUCCCCUUACAGCGGUCCAGCACAUUGA